AACACGAAUCUCUUUGUUCUUUUCUUCUUUCUCAGUCCUCCUGAGUUGGGCGGUCAUCUUUCUCUGGUUUUUUAUUUUCUCAAAAGAAAGAAAAAAAAGAAGAGGGGGAAAACUACUGGAAAAGUGAGAAUAACUUUAUAUAAAUUUUCUUCCUUGGCUGCUUUUGGAAUUUGGAUCUCCUCUUAUUUCUUUUCUUAUUUGUCCGUUGGUUCUCAUUCUCUCUCUCUUCCCUCCGUUGCUUCUGGAGCAGAACCAGCGCCUUCUUUGUGUUGGUUUUAUCAUUUUUUUUUUGGAUUUUAUUUUUGUGUUCCGAUAUUGUUCCGUCGUCUGCAUCCAAGGGUUCGGCCAUGUCGUUCAGAGGAGGAGGGGCAAAUGCUUCUUCUGGCAUGGGAGUAGCUGAUCACAGUAGAAACACAUUUUUGGAACUGAAGAGAAAGAAGGUGCAUCGUUAUGUAAUCUUUAAGAUUGAUGAAAAGAAAAAGGAGGUUGUUGUUGAGAAGACUGGAGGUCCAGCUGAGAGCUAUGAUGAUUUCAUAGCAGCAUUGCCUGAGAAUGAUUGUCGAUAUGCAGUCUAUGACUUUGAUUUUGUGACUUCUGAGAAUUGCCAAAAGAGCAAGAUCUUCUUCAUCGCAUGGGCUCCAUCAGUCGCUCGUAUCCGUGCCAAGAUGCUUUACGCCACUUCCAAGGACAGGUUCCGGCGAGAGCUAGAUGGCGUGCACUAUGAGAUUCAAGCUACUGAUCCUACGGAGAUGGAUCUGGAAGUGCUCAGGGACCGUGCACAUUGAGCCGUGAGAACCGUGGCUUGCCAUGGGCGAAUGAAACAGUGGUUCUCUGCUUUCAAAUUUAGUCACUGAUCAUCAUCUCCAAUCUUUGUUUCUGAAAAGAGAGAUAUAUAUAGCUUAAUCAUUAAAUAAUUUGGCACUGGGAAGGCUGAUAGGAAGAUCCUGUUUGUUGACUACUGUUAGAACUUGAGCUUCCUUGUUAUCAUGAUGCUUCUCAGACUUAGGUGGUUUGGUUGUUGUUUUCGAUCAAUCUACUUUGAAAUGUAUUUCUUUCUUAAUUAUUUGCCGUG